AUGGCGGCCACACGCAGCGUCUCUCUUUCUUUUCUCCUCGUUCUCUUCCUGUACAUAUGCACGGCACACGCGCAGCUGACAGCGAACUUCUACUCGUCGAGCUGCCCCAACCUGCAGACGAUCGUACAAAGUUCCGUGCAAACGGCCGUCGCGAAUGACCCCCGCUUGCCCGCCUCCCUUCUCCGCCUCUUCUUUCACGACUGCUUCGUUCGGGUAAACGCACGCACAGACUCUUGUAGAUGACGGACCGCCGGUCCCUCUCCACGCCGUUGCAACGGAUCUAAUGCCGCCGCACGUGUGAUCCUGCAGGGCUGCGAUGCGUCGGUGCUUCUAGUCGACACCGCGACCUUCGUUGGCGAGCAGAGCGCCGGCCCAAACAUAAACUCCAUUCGCGGCAUGGAUGUCAUCGAGGAAAUCAAGUCUGCCGUCGAGGCAUCGUGCAACGGCACUGUGUCCUGCGCCGAUAUCCUGGCCCUCGCCACCAGAGACGGCGUUGUCCUGGUGAAUUCUUCGCCUCGACAUGGUUGGGAUCGUCCCCGUCGAACGAAUUCAAAGUCUAAACAUAGUAGACUCACUCCUCCAUGCAGAGCGGAGGACCCUGGUGGACGGUGCCCCUCGGGCGGCGGGACGCCACAACGGCCAGCCUGAACGAAGCCAACAUCAACCUCCCUGGUCCAUCGUUCAGCCUCUCUGCCCUCACAACCAGGUUCGCCAACAAGGGCCUGAGUUUGCAGGAUCUCGUGGCCCUCUCCGGCGCGCACACCAUCGGCCUUGCCCGCUGCUUCUUUUUCCGAACCAGCGACAUCAACAUUGAUCCCAACUUUGCCGCGUCAGUCCAGGAGAACUGCCUCCAGUCCGGCGGCGGCAACAGCUUCUCGCUGCUCGACGUCUCCACCCCGAGGGUCUUCGACAAUGCCUACUACAGAAAUCUCGUCUCCCUCCGGGGUUUCCUCCACUCCGACCAGGAGCUCUUCAAUAACGGCUCCGCGGAUCCUAUCGUCCAAAGCUACGUGGCCAGCAGCUCCGUCUUCUUCAGAGACUUUGCGGCGGCUAUGGUAAAGUUAGGCAACAUCAGCCCCCUAACCGGCCCGAGCGGCGAGGUUAGGCGAGCCUGCAGCAGGGUGAACUAA